AACAUUUUAUUCUUGCUAAGUCCAGAUAGGCAGCAAAUGACAGGAUCCGGACAAACGUACACAGCGCAAAGUGGCGUUCAUAUGAAGGAUUGACAAAUUAUUAUUAAUCAUGAAAUAUAUUCAUUUUACUCUGUUCCUGACCACCUUUUCAUUGGCAGCUGCAUUAACUGGGCCGAAGCUAGUGUCCGGGACCUUGGGAGGAGCCGUUACCAUAAGAUGCCAGUAUCAUGCAUAUUACAAGUAUCAUGAAAAGUACUGGUGCAAGGGUUCUGAUUGGAAAUCCUGCAGUGUUCUGGCCAAUUCUGCAAGCCAACAUAAAAACAUUGAUGAUAGAAUAAGAAUGGUGGACAACCAAACUGCUGGAGAAUUUAUCACUAAAGUGACCCAACUCUCUGCCAACGACACUGGGCUUUACUGGUGCGGCAUUGUGCAACUCGGCUAUGACAGAAUGGUUCCAGUGCGACUGAACGUUACAGAAGCUGCAUUAACUGGGCCGAAGCUAGUGUCCGGGACCUUGGGAGGAGCCGUUACCAUAAGAUGCCAGUAUCAUGCAUAUUACAAGUAUCAUGAAAAGUACUUGUGCAAGGGUUCUGAUUGGAAAUCCUGCAGUGUUCUGGCCAAUUCUACAAACCAACAUAAAAACAUUGACGAUAGAAUAAGAAUGGUGGACAACCAAACUGCUGGAGAAUUUAUCACUAAAGUGACCCAACUCUCUGCCAAUGAUACUGGGCUUUACUGGUGCGGCAUUGUGCAAUUCGGCUAUGACAGAAUGGUUCCAGUGCGACUGAACGUUACAGAAGCUGCAUUAACUGGGCCGAAGCUAGUGUCCGGGACCUUGGGAGGAGCCGUUACCAUAAGAUGCCAGUAUCAUGCAUAUUACAAGUAUCAUGAAAAGUACUUGUGCAAGGGUUCUGAUUGGAAAUCCUGCAGUGUUCUGGCCAAUUCUGCAAACCAACAUAAAAACAUUGACGAUAGAAUAAGAAUGGUGGACAACCAAACUGCUGGAGAAUUUAUCACUAAAGUGACCCAACUCUCUGCCAAUGAUACUGGGCUUUACUGGUGCGGCAUUGUGCAAUUCGGCUAUGACAGAAUGGUUCCAGUGCGACUGAACGUUACAGAAGCUGCAUUAACUGGGCCGAAGCUAGUGUCCGGGACCUUGGGAGGAGCCGUUACCAUAAGAUGCCAGUAUCAUGCAUCUUACAAGUAUCAUGAAAAGUACUGGUGCAAGGGUUCUGAUUGGAAAUCCUGCAGUGUUCUGGCCAAUUCUACAAACCAACAUAAAAACAUUGACGAUAGAAUAAGAAUGGUGGACAACCAAACUGCUGGAGAAUUUAUCACUAAAGUGACCCAACUCUCUGCCAAUGACAGUGGGCUUUACUGGUGCGGCAUUGUGCAAUUCGGCUAUGACAGAAUGGUUCCAGUGCGACUGAACGUUACAGAAGAUCCAACAACACAACCACCUACAAUAUCUCCUGAACUUCAGGAAACAGCUCAUCACGGAAAUCAAAGUUCCGUAAAUAUAUCCAUUCUUCUGGGAAGCAUAUUUGGAGUUUUGAUUGUUUUGAUUGUUACUGCUGUUUUUGUCAUAAAAUGCAGGAAAUAUUCCGCAGCGGGGAAGAAAGGAAUCGGUCACAAAGAAGAAGAAUAUAAUGCUGUCUGCAAUUCUGUGUCUUCCAGAGAUGACGAAGAAGGUAAAUUAAGUGACACGACCACGGAUAAAUCCAGCACUCAGACACAAGAAACCUUCCGCGAUAUUCAUCAGACACCAGACCACGAAGAGAAGGAGAAUCUCUCGUGCCAGAAUUGAUCCGUUCUCAACAAUUGGAUUAUAAUCAUAGUGUAUCUGCUUUCAACACUUCAAACUUGUACGUUAACUUUAAUGGGUCCUUUCAACUCAGCUAUUAGCUUCAUUUCUACAGCCUGGCAUUGAAUCAGAGUCUAUAUGUUAUUUAGAUUUAGUUUUAGACUAGGGAUACAGAGCAGAAACAGGCCCUUCGGUCCACCGAGUCUGCACAGACCAAAGAUCACCUGUACACAGGUUCUAUCCUGCAGACUAGGGACAAUUUACGGAAGCCAAUUAAAGUGAACAAUGACCAAUGAUCCUGCGUACACUUGCACUAUCCUACACGCCAAGGACAAGUUACAGAAGCCGAUCAAUCUACAAACAAGCCACCUGUCCCGCUGAGUAAUGCCCCUGUCCCACUUAGGAAACCUGAACGGAAACCUCAGGAGACUUUGCGCCCCACCCAAGGUUUCCGUGCGGUUCCCGGAGGUUUUUGUCACUCUCCCUACCUGCUUCCACUACCUGCAACCUCCGGCAACCACCUGCAAACUCCGGGAACUGCACGGAAACCUUGGGUGGGGCGCAAAGUCUCCAGAGGUUUAUGUUCAGGACUCCUCUAAGUGGGACAGUGGCAUUACUCUUAUCAUUUUGCGUCUAUAUUCGGGGUAAACCAGCAUCUGCAGUUCCUUCCUGCGCAUCUUUGGAAUGUGGGAAGAAGCCAGAGCACCUGGAGAAAACCUAUGUGGUCACAGAAAGAUCGUACAAACUCAGGAUUGAACCUGGGUCUCUGGCGUUGUGAGGCAGCAACUCGACCGCUGCGCUACUAUGCCACCCUAAUGUCAGUGUUGUAACAGAUAAAUACUGCGACACUACUUGAGUAGAAGGGGUAACUCUGUACUAAACCAGAGUGAGGGUUAACUUCUCGAUUCACCCUCAGACACAGACCCAAUGCCUUGGUUUUACAGAGGAAAUGCCUUCAAAUCCUUUCAUGAAGUUCUUUUCCAAAAUAAUUGCCAUACACAUAGAGUGACACAGUGUGGAAACGGGCCCUUCAGCCCAACUUGCCCACACCAGCCAACUUGUCCCAGGCUAGCUACACUAGUCCCACCAGGCCCAUAUCCCUUGAAACCUGUCCUAUCCAAGUACCCUAUCUAACUGUUUCUGAAACGUCAGGAUAGUCCCUACCUCAACUACCUCCUCUGGCAGUUUGUUCCAUACAUCCACCAUCCUUGGUGUGAAAAAGUUACCCCUCAGAUUCCUAUUGAAUCUUUUCCCCUUCACAUUACACCUAUGUUCUCUGGUCCUCGAUUCCCUUACUCUGGGCAAGAGACUACGUGCAUCUACCCGAUCUAUCCCUCUCGUAAUUUUAUACAUUUCUAUGAGAUCACCCCUCAUCCUCCUGUGCUCCAAGGAAUAGAAUCCCAGCCUACUCAACCUCUCCUUAUAGCUCAGACCAUGUAAUCCUGGCAACAUCCUCGUAAAUCUUCUCUGUACCCUUUCUAGCUAGACAACAUCUUUCCUAUAACACGAUGCUUUUGAAAAACCCAUCUGGUUAUUAUAUCAAUUGAUCACUAAUUUACUGUUCUCACCUCCAAUGACAAGAGCAGCUUAGGUUAACCAAUAAAAUAUGUUUGUUAAUAAACAGCCUUUUAAACAAAA